UCGUUACUAUUUUGCGGUGACGUGGUGUACAGUUAGCUGGCCAGAAUUCGCCUGAUCCCCAUGCUUUUGAAAUCAGAUUCGAAUCGGGGUAAAGCAAGGGUACAUUGCGUUAACUGUACAGAUAAGUGAGCAUCAGUCAAACAUGCCAAAAUACGUAUAAACCUAUCUCUAAGAGAAAGAGAUACAGAAAGAGUAAGAGUAGAGGAGGAAAGUGUUACCGGGCCUGGAUUGUACAAUCUUGAAACAGUCGGACUUUUGGGACUGUAAAGAAGAAUCUGCGCAGGGGUUGUCAUGACAACAAGCUUGGAACUUCCUACUCUGCGGCGUGCUGGUGGGGGUCUGAGACUGAGCGUACUGGCCUUGCUUCUCCUGCCCCAGUUAGGAUGGGCAAUGAGCUAUAAGUCUGGUGAUCAUGUGACUUUAUAUGUAAACAAGGUCGGUCCCUACCAUAACCCACAAGAGACCUAUCACUACUAUACAUUACCCGUCUGCAGACCCAAAGAGGUGAGGCACAAGGCCCUAAGUCUCGGAGAAGUCCUUGAUGGUGACAGGAUGGCGGAGUCUCUGUAUGAGAUCCGCUUCAAGGAGAACACUGAGAGAAAGACCCUGUGUCAGCUCACCCUCAGUGAGAAAGAGGUGGAGCAGCUGCGUGAAGCGGUGGAGGAACUCUACUAUUUUGAGUUUGUCCUCGAUGACAUUCCCAUCUGGGGUUUUGUGGGUUACAUGGAGGAGAGUGGCUUCCUGCCACACACCCAUAAGGUGGGACUCUGGACACACCUGGAUUUCAACAUUGAAUACAAUGGGGAUUCCGUGAUCUUUGCAAAUGUGUCUGUGAAGGAUGUGAAGCCGGUGCCCCUGGACGGAGUUGGUGGGGCGGUGCCGGUCUCCGGGGCGGGCGGGGACCUGGCGGUGACGCACACUUACAGCGUGCGUUGGUUCGAGAGCCCCCUCCCCCACGGGAGGCGGGCGGAGCGGCUGCGGGACUACUCCUUCUUCCCCAAAACCCUGGAGAUCCACUGGCUCUCCAUCAUCAACUCCCUGGUGCUGGUCGUCCUCCUGCUGGGCUUCGUCAUCAUCAUCCUCAUGAGGGUGCUGAAGAAUGACUUUGCGAGAUACAAUGUGGAGGAGGAGGGGGCCUGUGAUGAUCUUGAUCAAGGGGAUAAUGGCUGGAAGAUCAUCCACACCGAUGUCUUUCGAUUCCCGCCAUACAAGAGCCUGCUGUGUGCUGUGCUUGGAGUCGGAGCUCAGUUUCUGACGUUAGCCACGGGAAUCAUCAUAAUGGCGCUGCUGGGCAUGUUUAACGUGCAUCGCCAUGGCGCCAUCAACUCUGCCGCCAUUGUGCUGUACGCGCUGACAAGCUGCGUGUCGGGUUACUGCUCCUGCCGGUUCUACACCCAGAUCCACGGCCAGCGCUGGGUCUGGAACAUCAUUCUCACUUCCACCCUCUUCUCAGCCCCCCUGUUCCUGACCUGGAGUGUGGUGAACUCCGUUCACUGGUGGAGCGGCUCCACUCAGGCCCUGCCUGCGACGACCGUGCUCCUGCUGCUCGGGGCGUGGGUGCUGGUGGGCUUCCCCCUCACUGUCAUCGGUGGCAUCGUGGGCAAGAACCGCGCCGGAAACUUCCAGGCGCCCUGCCGCACCCGCAACAUACCCCGCCAGAUCCCCCCUCAGCCGUGGUACAAGCACACUGCCGUGCACAUGGCCAUCGGGGGCUUCCUGCCCUUCAGUGCCAUCUCGGUGGAGCUGUACUACAUCUUUGCCACGGUGUGGGGCAGGGAGCACUACACGCUGUACGGCAUCCUGCUCUGCGUCUUCGCCAUCCUGCUGUCGGUGGGCGCCUGCAUCUCGGUGGCCCUCACCUACUUCCUGCUCUCGGGGGAGGACUACCGCUGGUGGUGGCGCAGCGUGCUGAGCACCGGCUCCACCGGCAUCUUCAUCUUCGUCUACUCCCUCUUCUACUACCGCAACCGCUCCAGCAUGAGCGGCGUGGUGCAGAGCGCUGAGUUCUUCGGCUACUCGCUGCUCACCGCCUUCGUCUUCUCCCUCAUGCUGGGCACCGUGUCCUUCUGCGCCUCCCUGGCCUUCAUACGCUACAUCUACCGCAGCCUGAAGAUGGACUGAGAGGUAGAGCGCCCCCUGCCUGCGUGGGGGACCAGGGAGUAAGGAGAGGGGUCCAGCCAUCUCAUCAGAGGUGAACAAUGGGGACGUGGACAAAGAGAGGAAUGAUCGAGGAGGGGAACUGGAGUAUUUAUACAAAGACGCGCAAACGGAUAGUGGGAUGGAGAGAGAAUGCGCGCGGGUUUGUGCGUCGGUGUGUAUGGUGAAGCGUCUGCCCGCGAGAUAUAAGCUUGCGGGGCGCGUGUGCGUGAAAGACUGAAAAAUGUGAUUUUCGGGUCACCUCAAUGGCCACCAUUGACUGAUUUCAGUUCUGAUGUAAAUAUGCAAAGUUUUCAAUAAAUCCCUUUCUAUUAUAACAAAA